UUACAAAACCUAUAUGGAUAUUUUGUACUCUAUAUAAUUUAUAAUAAUGGAUUACCAGAAUAGGGUAGGACAUAAGACUGGUAGCGGAGGCCCUGCCUCUGCCCAGGACCUCGCAUCUCAUAACCGGGAUCGUCUUCGUCGCUUAGCGCUCGAAACUUUUGAUCUAGGCAAGGAUCCCUACCUUCAAAAGAAUCAUCUGGGCCAGUUGGAAUGCCGAUUAUGUUUAACUAUCCACGCCUCGGAUGGUUCCUACCUCAGCCAUACCCAGGGACGCAAACAUCAGAUGAAUCUGGCACGUCGCGCAGCUAAAGAGGAACGUAACAACUUCCACCAACCAAUACCUAAGCCAGUGGGUAUGCGACACACCAGUACGGUGAAGAUAGGACGCCCAGGUUACAGAAUCACUAAAAUGCGAGAUCCUGAGACUAAUCAGUUUGCACUGCUAUUUGAAAUAGAAUACCCUGAUAUUGAAGGGAAGCCACGUUACCGUGUAAUGUCAGCAUUUGAACAGCGUAUGGAGCGACCACCAGACCCAGCAUUCCAAUUUCUGCUCUUUGCGGCACAGCCAUAUGAGACUAUAGGUUUCAAAGUGCCUAAUUUGGAAAUAGACGACAGUCCUGGCAAGCUAUAUGUGCACUGGGAUGAGACUUUGAAACUUUACGUGCUGCAGAUACAAUUUAGGAAUUCUCGUACAACCAAACGUUUGCCGGCACUGCCACAUAGGCCAAGUGUAUAUACUGGCGUAGGACCAAAGUUUACAUAACUUUAGGAAAUGGAAUCACAAGAGCGUUGAUAAGACACCA